AUGCAGGCUAGCCCUCAGUACUCACCGUGGAGUAUUCCUGCAGCAACGACUCCCAUUUUGAAUUACGUCAGCACCUGGUUACUUCCAAGAGAUCAUGGUGAUCUGCUUGGAGUUGCUGUCUUCCAAUACGAUAUGCUUGUCAGCAGGCAAGACGCCGAUGAUCACUUCAGCAAACUGAGGCGUUUAUUUUCUCGUUUGAACGAGAAAGGAUUAAAAUAUCGUCUUGAAAACGAUCUCUUGAUGCCCUGGCAGAUACGGACUAGGACUGAUUCUCUGCUUCGCUCGCCAGCACACAUAACACAGGGCAAGCAAUCAAAGGCAUCAGCAAAGGCUGAGAUAACUCCAAACUCGAAAGCUGUCGCCAAGAUUUUCUCUCUCUCUCUCUCUCUCUCUCUCUCUCUCUCUCUCUCUCUCUUGCUUUUCAACGUUCUCGUGUAUCUGCGGCCACGCUUUUUCAUCAAAAGGCCACACGCAUAUAUCGCCGACAAUACACGCACACAGUCUCGCGAACAUAGUUGGUUACACCCGCCCAAGUCAGACGACCACACGCACUCUGUCGCCGUCACACGUGCAUAUUGGAGCACUCAUGAUGAAGAGCGCAUCUACAGGUCGGUGGUGAGCUAG